AUGCAGAGCAAAUGCCUGUUAGGGCUGAUUUUUCUGUCGUGCAUGAACAGAUGCAUUUCUCAGAGCAUCAAAACAAUCAAUAACUGCACGUGUCAGACAUCUGAUGGUAGCUUUUAUAGCCUGUGGCCCUUCAGAGGAACAGAAAUACCAUCCUUUGAUGUUCCUGGAAAGAGUAGUUGGAGGUAUGCUUACAAUCCUUGCACCUCUAUGACAUUUGGACAAGAUGAUCCAGACCAUGGAACAAUAUGUCAUGAUAUCGGAAUAUGUAAAUAUCCUGAAAUAGAAAAACCGCGUGAUUACCUACAAGUUGGUGUGCAGACAGGGGUCAGAUGUGCACUAGGCGAGGAAGGAAAGAUUGAGCUGGUGUAUAAAACAAACGAUCCCUCUAUCGAACAAGAACAUUCAACGGUACAGCUUAUUUGUGACCAGACUACUUUAUUCCCGGAUUUCGAACCCAAGGAUGAAGAUAACUUAAUAUUCACCAUAAAAACAAAAUGCGCAUGCCCAAAUCAGUGUUGGCCUGUGUCUGAGCCAACAAGCCCAACGAAAGGCAACUUCAUAUUCAACAGAACACAGUCCUAA